AUGCCCGAGAUCGAUGACAUGCCGCCGCCAAUUCGGAAGGACAAGAGGGGAGAGCCACAGAGGUUGUCGGAUCUUGAAAAGCUGACCAGCGACGCUCUCAAGGCCGCUCAUGUCGCAGGUGACAAAGGGGAUUACACCGUCUCUCGAGAGGCCUUGAGAUGCGUCCACGUUCUCAGACGUAUCAACUCUCUCCCUCUGGAUCAUCGUGUUAUCUCCAUACCCGACAACCUUCGCCCUCUCCAGUAUCUUGCCAAGAACCGAAACCCUAAGAUCAGCUCUGAGGCGAGAUCUGUUCUUCAGCAUUGGAGGAACCUCCUCUCUGGUAACCAGAAAGAUCCCGUCUCGGGUUCUUCAUCAUCGGAGAGCACCCCCAAGAAGGAGAAGAAGAAGACGUCCAUCGGAAGAACAGAAUCUCGGAGGAACGACAAAGAUUCUGCUGGUGGUACGAUCAAGAAAGCAUCACCAUCUGGUAACAACAACCAGAAGAAGACGCCGAUUGGUUCUUGCUCCACUCCCGAAGUUCAGACCCAGAAGAAGGCCUCAAUACCAGAAUAUCAAGAAGUAUACGAGAUCUUGAAAAAGGCCCACGAUGCAGUGAAAGGCCGUAACUUUCUCGCCGCAGAGGACUCCAGGAGAUGCGUCGUGACAUUGAAAGGGCUCUUCCUGGUUCCUCGGAGAGUGGCUCGUGAUCUUCUUCUAGCCACCGACGCCAAAUCAAGGAUGCAGUCUCUCAAAACUCACGCCGAUACAGACGUCGGGUCCAUGGCUGAAUCCUUGUUCGAUUACUGGAUGCUGCUCGUCUAA